AACAAAUACUUUACUUUAUUUUUAUAUCACUUAUAGUUUUAAGUCUUCAAAAUAAAGUUAUCUCUUAUGAACAGUGUUUUGAUACCUCAAAAAUAUUAUUGUAUCUAAAAUAUGUAAUUUAAUAAUUAUAAAUAUAAUGUAUAAUUUAAAUCAAUAAUAGUUUUAAUGGAAAAAACUAAUCAAGAGAUAAAUUUAGUUGAAAUAAUUGAUGAAAGAGUAUUACAAAAUACGUCCGACCGAAAUGCAAACGAACGAACCGACGACCGAAUUGCUUCGGGAGCUGACAGUCGGGAAUUGGAAGCCAUUAAACAACCAAAUUUCGUCAGACCAUUGACAGCUCAAGUGGUCAGUGAAGGACAAGAUGUCAGCUUUGAAGCACAAAUCACACCUAUAAAUGACCCGACGGUCACCAUUGAGUGGUUAUAUAACGGACAGCCAUUAAAAUGUGGCUCAAGAAUAACUACUUAUUACAGUUUAGGACACAUUUCGUUAAACAUAUCACAUGUGAAACAAAUAGAUAAAGGAAUUUAUACACUAAAAGUCAAUAAUUCAAUUGGAGAAGCACUUAGUACUGCAUCUCUUAAUAUUAAAAAUCCGACAAAAAAGAGAAGUGAAGAAGAAAUCUACGAAAAAAUGGAUCAAAAGAAACGAUCAAAAACUGAAUUCAUUGAUCGAGACUUAGAACCAAAACAAAUGCCAACAUUUCUAACGCAUAUCAGAGACCAGAUUAAUGUAAACGAAGGAAAUGUUGUGAUGUUUGAGGCAUAUUUGGAACCAUUGGGAGACUCGACAAUGAAAGUCAAAUGGCUUAAAGAUAACAAACAAUUGGGCGCCAGUUCUAGAAUCACUACUUUCUUUGAUUUUGGAUAUAUUUCUUUGACAAUCAAAGAUAUAAUAAAAGCUGAUGAAGGGAUAUACGUCUGUUUAGCAGAAAAUAGUUAUGGAUUCGCUAAAAGUAUAGCAAAAUUAACAAUUAGUAAAGAAAUACAAGAAAGUGAUUUGAAUUACAACCAAAAUAUUUCAUAUAAAAAAUAUUCAGAAAAUAAUUACUAUUUUGACGAUAAAUCAAAUGAGAAAAUCAAAUCAAAUGACUUCGAACAGCAAUGUAUUGAUUUUAACAAACAAUUUGAGCAAAUGAUUGAAAUUAAAAAACAAUCAAAUAUUAGAAAUAUAAUAUCACCACAACUUAUGACAACACGUCCUGUAUUUACGAAAACAUUUAAAAAACUGGAAAUCUUUAGAGAGGGUCAGUCGGCACAUCUCGAGUGCAGACUUGAACCCAUUAAUGACCCGACAAUGACUGUCGAAUGGUUCCUAAAUGGAGUUCCCCUCAAAACUGGACACCGAUUUAAUUUAACCAAUGAUUUUGGAUAUAUAGCUCUCGAUAUACUGUAUGUAUAUCCAGAAGAUACGGGCACUUAUAUGUGUCGGGCAGUCAAUGCUAUGGGAGAAGCAGUUAUUACCAGUUCAAUACAAGUUGAGCCUCGAAAAGUUAUUGAUACGGAUCCGAUACUUGAGCAAAGUUUGCAACAAAUUGUUGAACUCGAGAGACCACAUGUCAGACACAGAUUAUCGCCACCAUUGGAGACAACUCGUCCUGUAUUUACAAAGACAUUGAAAAAUUUGGAAAACCUUAGAGAGGGUCAGUCGGCACAUCUCGAGUGCAGACUUGAACCCAUUAAUGACCCGACAAUGACUGUCGAAUGGUUCCUAAAUGGAGUUCCCCUCAAAACUGGACACCGAUUUAAUUUAACCAAUGAUUUUGGAUAUAUAGCUCUCGAUAUACUGUAUGUAUAUCCAGAAGAUACGGGCACUUAUAUGUGUCGGGCAGUCAAUGCUAUGGGAGAAGCAGUUAUUACCAGUUCAAUACAAGUUGAGCCUCGAAAAGUUAUUGAUACGGAUCCGAUACUUGAGCAAAGUUUGCAACAAAUUGUUGAACUCGAGAGACCACAUGUCAGACACAGAUUAUCGCCACCAUUGGAGACAACUCGUCCUGUAUUUACAAAGACAUUGAAAAAUUUGGAAAACCUUAGAGAGGGUCAGUCGGCACAUCUCGAGUGCAGACUUGAACCCAUUAAUGACCCGACAAUGACUGUCGAAUGGUUCCUAAAUGGAGUUCCCCUCAAAACUGGACACCGAUUUAAUUUAACCAAUGAUUUUGGAUAUAUAGCUCUCGAUAUACUGUAUGUAUAUCCAGAAGAUACGGGCACUUAUAUGUGUCGGGCAGUCAAUGCUAUGGGAGAAGCAGUUAUUACCAGUUCAAUACAAGUUGAGCCUCGAAAAGUUAUUGAUACGGAUCCGAUACUUGAGCAAAGUUUGCAACAAAUUGUUGAACUCGAGAGACCACAUGUCAGACACAGAUUAUCGCCACCAUUGGAGACAACUCGUCCUGUAUUUACAAAGACAUUGAAAAAUUUGGAAAACCUUAGAGAGGGUCAGUCGGCACAUCUCGAGUGCAGACUUGAACCCAUUAAUGACCCGACAAUGACUGUCGAAUGGUUCCUAAAUGGAGUUCCCCUCAAAACUGGACACCGAUUUAAUUUAACCAAUGAUUUUGGAUAUAUAGCUCUCGAUAUACUGUAUGUAUAUCCAGAAGAUACGGGCACUUAUAUGUGUCGGGCAGUCAAUGCUAUGGGAGAAGCAGUUAUUACCAGUUCAAUACAAGUUGAGCCUCGAAAAGUUAUUGAUACGGAUCCGAUACUUGAGCAAAGUUUGCAACAAAUUGUUGAACUCGAGAGACCACAUGUCAGACACAGAUUAUCGCCACCAUUGGAGACAACUCGUCCUGUAUUUACAAAGACAUUGAAAAAUUUGGAAAACCUUAGAGAGGGUCAGUCGGCACAUCUCGAGUGCAGACUUGAACCCAUUAAUGACCCGACAAUGACUGUCGAAUGGUUCCUAAAUGGAGUUCCCCUCAAAACUGGACACCGAUUUAAUUUAACCAAUGAUUUUGGAUAUAUAGCUCUCGAUAUACUGUAUGUAUAUCCAGAAGAUACGGGCACUUAUAUGUGUCGGGCAGUCAAUGCUAUGGGAGAAGCAGUUAUUACCAGUUCAAUACAAGUUGAGCCUCGAAAAGUUAUUGAUACGGAUCCGAUACUUGAGCAAAGUUUGCAACAAAUUGUUGAACUCGAGAGACCACAUGUCAGACACAGAUUAUCGCCACCAUUGGAGACAACUCGUCCUGUAUUUACAAAGACAUUGAAAAAUUUGGAAAACCUUAGAGAGGGUCAGUCGGCACAUCUCGAGUGCAGACUUGAACCCAUUAAUGACCCGACAAUGACUGUCGAAUGGUUCCUAAAUGGAGUUCCCCUCAAAACUGGACACCGAUUUAAUUUAACCAAUGAUUUUGGAUAUAUAGCUCUCGAUAUACUGUAUGUAUAUCCAGAAGAUACGGGCACUUAUAUGUGUCGGGCAGUCAAUGCUAUGGGAGAAGCAGUUAUUACCAGUUCAAUACAAGUUGAGCCUCGAAAAGUUAUUGAUACGGAUCCGAUACUUGAGCAAAGUUUGCAACAAAUUGUUGAACUCGAGAGACCACAUGUCAGACACAGAUUAUCGCCACCAUUGGAGACAACUCGUCCUGUAUUUACAAAGACAUUGAAAAAUUUGGAAAACCUUAGAGAGGGUCAGUCGGCACAUCUCGAGUGCAGACUUGAACCCAUUAAUGACCCGACAAUGACUGUCGAAUGGUUCCUAAAUGGAGUUCCCCUCAAAACUGGACACCGAUUUAAUUUAACCAAUGAUUUUGGAUAUAUAGCUCUCGAUAUACUGUAUGUAUAUCCAGAAGAUACGGGCACUUAUAUGUGUCGGGCAGUCAAUGCUAUGGGAGAAGCAGUUAUUACCAGUUCAAUACAAGUUGAGCCUCGAAAAGUUAUUGAUACGGAUCCGAUACUUGAGCAAAGUUUGCAACAAAUUGUUGAACUCGAGAGACCACAUGUCAGACACAGAUUAUCGCCACCAUUGGAGACAACUCGUCCUGUAUUUACAAAGACAUUGAAAAAUUUGGAAAACCUUAGAGAGGGUCAGUCGGCACAUCUCGAGUGCAGACUUGAACCCAUUAAUGACCCGACAAUGACUGUCGAAUGGUUCCUAAAUGGAGUUCCCCUCAAAACUGGACACCGAUUUAAUUUAACCAAUGAUUUUGGAUAUAUAGCUCUCGAUAUACUGUAUGUAUAUCCAGAAGAUACGGGCACUUAUAUGUGUCGGGCAGUCAAUGCUAUGGGAGAAGCAGUUAUUACCAGUUCAAUACAAGUUGAGCCUCGAAAAGUUAUUGAUACGGAUCCGAUACUUGAGCAAAGUUUGCAACAAAUUGUUGAACUCGAGAGACCACAUGUCAGACACAGAUUAUCGCCACCAUUGGAGACAACUCGUCCUGUAUUUACAAAGACAUUGAAAAAUUUGGAAAACCUUAGAGAGGGUCAGUCGGCACAUCUCGAGUGCAGACUUGAACCCAUUAAUGACCCGACAAUGACUGUCGAAUGGUUCCUAAAUGGAGUUCCCCUCAAAACUGGACACCGAUUUAAUUUAACCAAUGAUUUUGGAUAUAUAGCUCUCGAUAUACUGUAUGUAUAUCCAGAAGAUACGGGCACUUAUAUGUGUCGGGCAGUCAAUGCUAUGGGAGAAGCAGUUAUUACCAGUUCAAUACAAGUUGAGCCUCGAAAAGUUAUUGAUACGGAUCCGAUACUUGAGCAAAGUUUGCAACAAAUUGUUGAACUCGAGAGACCACAUGUCAGACACAGAUUAUCGCCACCAUUGGAGACAACUCGUCCUGUAUUUACAAAGACAUUGAAAAAUUUGGAAAACCUUAGAGAGGGUCAGUCGGCACAUCUCGAGUGCAGACUUGAACCCAUUAAUGACCCGACAAUGACUGUCGAAUGGUUCCUAAAUGGAGUUCCCCUCAAAACUGGACACCGAUUUAAUUUAACCAAUGAUUUUGGAUAUAUAGCUCUCGAUAUACUGUAUGUAUAUCCAGAAGAUACGGGCACUUAUAUGUGUCGGGCAGUCAAUGCUAUGGGAGAAGCAGUUAUUACCAGUUCAAUACAAGUUGAGCCUCGAAAAGUUAUUGAUACGGAUCCGAUACUUGAGCAAAGUUUGCAACAAAUUGUUGAACUCGAGAGACCACAUGUCAGACACAGAUUAUCGCCACCAUUGGAGACAACUCGUCCUGUAUUUACAAAGACAUUGAAAAAUUUGGAAAACCUUAGAGAGGGUCAGUCGGCACAUCUCGAGUGCAGACUUGAACCCAUUAAUGACCCGACAAUGACUGUCGAAUGGUUCCUAAAUGGAGUUCCCCUCAAAACUGGACACCGAUUUAAUUUAACCAAUGAUUUUGGAUAUAUAGCUCUCGAUAUACUGUAUGUAUAUCCAGAAGAUACGGGCACUUAUAUGUGUCGGGCAGUCAAUGCUAUGGGAGAAGCAGUUAUUACCAGUUCAAUACAAGUUGAGCCUCGAAAAGUUAUUGAUACGGAUCCGAUACUUGAGCAAAGUUUGCAACAAAUUGUUGAACUCGAGAGACCACAUGUCAGACACAGAUUAUCGCCACCAUUGGAGACAACUCGUCCUGUAUUUACAAAGACAUUGAAAAAUUUGGAAAACCUUAGAGAGGGUCAGUCGGCACAUCUCGAGUGCAGACUUGAACCCAUUAAUGACCCGACAAUGACUGUCGAAUGGUUCCUAAAUGGAGUUCCCCUCAAAACUGGACACCGAUUUAAUUUAACCAAUGAUUUUGGAUAUAUAGCUCUCGAUAUACUGUAUGUAUAUCCAGAAGAUACGGGCACUUAUAUGUGUCGGGCAGUCAAUGCUAUGGGAGAAGCAGUUAUUACCAGUUCAAUACAAGUUGAGCCUCGAAAAGUUAUUGAUACGGAUCCGAUACUUGAGCAAAGUUUGCAACAAAUUGUUGAACUCGAGAGACCACAUGUCAGACACAGAUUAUCGCCACCAUUGGAGACAACUCGUCCUGUAUUUACAAAGACAUUGAAAAAUUUGGAAAACCUUAGAGAGGGUCAGUCGGCACAUCUCGAGUGCAGACUUGAACCCAUUAAUGACCCGACAAUGACUGUCGAAUGGUUCCUAAAUGGAGUUCCCCUCAAAACUGGACACCGAUUUAAUUUAACCAAUGAUUUUGGAUAUAUAGCUCUCGAUAUACUGUAUGUAUAUCCAGAAGAUACGGGCACUUAUAUGUGUCGGGCAGUCAAUGCUAUGGGAGAAGCAGUUAUUACCAGUUCAAUACAAGUUGAGCCUCGAAAAGUUAUUGAUACGGAUCCGAUACUUGAGCAAAGUUUGCAACAAAUUGUUGAACUCGAGAGACCACAUGUCAGACACAGAUUAUCGCCACCAUUGGAGACAACUCGUCCUGUAUUUACAAAGACAUUGAAAAAUUUGGAAAACCUUAGAGAGGGUCAGUCGGCACAUCUCGAGUGCAGACUUGAACCCAUUAAUGACCCGACAAUGACUGUCGAAUGGUUCCUAAAUGGAGUUCCCCUCAAAACUGGACACCGAUUUAAUUUAACCAAUGAUUUUGGAUAUAUAGCUCUCGAUAUACUGUAUGUAUAUCCAGAAGAUACGGGCACUUAUAUGUGUCGGGCAGUCAAUGCUAUGGGAGAAGCAGUUAUUACCAGUUCAAUACAAGUUGAGCCUCGAAAAGUUAUUGAUACGGAUCCGAUACUUGAGCAAAGUUUGCAACAAAUUGUUGAACUCGAGAGACCACAUGUCAGACACAGAUUAUCGCCACCAUUGGAGACAACUCGUCCUGUAUUUACAAAGACAUUGAAAAAUUUGGAAAACCUUAGAGAGGGUCAGUCGGCACAUCUCGAGUGCAGACUUGAACCCAUUAAUGACCCGACAAUGACUGUCGAAUGGUUCCUAAAUGGAGUUCCCCUCAAAACUGGACACCGAUUUAAUUUAACCAAUGAUUUUGGAUAUAUAGCUCUCGAUAUACUGUAUGUAUAUCCAGAAGAUACGGGCACUUAUAUGUGUCGGGCAGUCAAUGCUAUGGGAGAAGCAGUUAUUACCAGUUCAAUACAAGUUGAGCCUCGAAAAGUUAUUGAUACGGAUCCGAUACUUGAGCAAAGUUUGCAACAAAUUGUUGAACUCGAGAGACCACAUGUCAGACACAGAUUAUCGCCACCAUUGGAGACAACUCGUCCUGUAUUUACAAAGACAUUGAAAAAUUUGGAAAACCUUAGAGAGGGUCAGUCGGCACAUCUCGAGUGCAGACUUGAACCCAUUAAUGACCCGACAAUGACUGUCGAAUGGUUCCUAAAUGGAGUUCCCCUCAAAACUGGACACCGAUUUAAUUUAACCAAUGAUUUUGGAUAUAUAGCUCUCGAUAUACUGUAUGUAUAUCCAGAAGAUACGGGCACUUAUAUGUGUCGGGCAGUCAAUGCUAUGGGAGAAGCAGUUAUUACCAGUUCAAUACAAGUUGAGCCUCGAAAAGUUAUUGAUACGGAUCCGAUACUUGAGCAAAGUUUGCAACAAAUUGUUGAACUCGAGAGACCACAUGUCAGACACAGAUUAUCGCCACCAUUGGAGACAACUCGUCCUGUAUUUACAAAGACAUUGAAAAAUUUGGAAAACCUUAGAGAGGGUCAGUCGGCACAUCUCGAGUGCAGACUUGAACCCAUUAAUGACCCGACAAUGACUGUCGAAUGGUUCCUAAAUGGAGUUCCCCUCAAAACUGGACACCGAUUUAAUUUAACCAAUGAUUUUGGAUAUAUAGCUCUCGAUAUACUGUAUGUAUAUCCAGAAGAUACGGGCACUUAUAUGUGUCGGGCAGUCAAUGCUAUGGGAGAAGCAGUUAUUACCAGUUCAAUACAAGUUGAGCCUCGAAAAGUUAUUGAUACGGAUCCGAUACUUGAGCAAAGUUUGCAACAAAUUGUUGAACUCGAGAGACCACAUGUCAGACACAGAUUAUCGCCACCAUUGGAGACAACUCGUCCUGUAUUUACAAAGACAUUGAAAAAUUUGGAAAACCUUAGAGAGGGUCAGUCGGCACAUCUCGAGUGCAGACUUGAACCCAUUAAUGACCCGACAAUGACUGUCGAAUGGUUCCUAAAUGGAGUUCCCCUCAAAACUGGACACCGAUUUAAUUUAACCAAUGAUUUUGGAUAUAUAGCUCUCGAUAUACUGUAUGUAUAUCCAGAAGAUACGGGCACUUAUAUGUGUCGGGCAGUCAAUGCUAUGGGAGAAGCAGUUAUUACCAGUUCAAUACAAGUUGAGCCUCGAAAAGUUAUUGAUACGGAUCCGAUACUUGAGCAAAGUUUGCAACAAAUUGUUGAACUCGAGAGACCACAUGUCAGACACAGAUUAUCGCCACCAUUGGAGACAACUCGUCCUGUAUUUACAAAGACAUUGAAAAAUUUGGAAAACCUUAGAGAGGGUCAGUCGGCACAUCUCGAGUGCAGACUUGAACCCAUUAAUGACCCGACAAUGACUGUCGAAUGGUUCCUAAAUGGAGUUCCCCUCAAAACUGGACACCGAUUUAAUUUAACCAAUGAUUUUGGAUAUAUAGCUCUCGAUAUACUGUAUGUAUAUCCAGAAGAUACGGGCACUUAUAUGUGUCGGGCAGUCAAUGCUAUGGGAGAAGCAGUUAUUACCAGUUCAAUACAAGUUGAGCCUCGAAAAGUUAUUGAUACGGAUCCGAUACUUGAGCAAAGUUUGCAACAAAUUGUUGAACUCGAGAGACCACAUGUCAGACACAGAUUAUCGCCACCAUUGGAGACAACUCGUCCUGUAUUUACAAAGACAUUGAAAAAUUUGGAAAACCUUAGAGAGGGUCAGUCGGCACAUCUCGAGUGCAGACUUGAACCCAUUAAUGACCCGACAAUGACUGUCGAAUGGUUCCUAAAUGGAGUUCCCCUCAAAACUGGACACCGAUUUAAUUUAACCAAUGAUUUUGGAUAUAUAGCUCUCGAUAUACUAUAUGUAUAUCCAGAAGAUACGGGCACUUAUAUGUGUCGGGCAGUCAAUGCUAUGGGAGAAGCAGUUAUUACCAGUUCAAUACAAGUUGAGCCUCGAAAAGUUAUUGAUACGGAUCCGAUACUUGAGCAAAGUUUGCAACAAAUUGUUGAACUCGAGAGACCACAUGUCAGACACAGAUUAUCGCCACCAUUGGAGACAACUCGUCCUGUAUUUACAAAGACAUUGAAAAAUUUGGAAAACCUUAGAGAGGGUCAGUCGGCACAUCUCGAGUGCAGACUUGAACCCAUUAAUGACCCGACAAUGACUGUCGAAUGGUUCCUAAAUGGAGUUCCCCUCAAAACUGGACACCGAUUUAAUUUAACCAAUGAUUUUGGAUAUAUAGCUCUCGAUAUACUGUAUGUAUAUCCAGAAGAUACGGGCACUUAUAUGUGUCGGGCAGUCAAUGCUUUUGGUUCAGUCGAUUCAUUCUGUAUUAUAACAGUCAGAGGAGAGUAUUCUAUUCAUGACUUUAGAAUCUCAAGUGUUUCUCCUGUUAUGAGACAAUCGAUUCAAACGCAUGAAACCAAUGAAUCCGAAGAAAUCAUUGAUAUUUUGGAUUUUACAAAACCACGUGACGUCACAUCUAUUCUUGAUAUUAAAUCUUCUCCUCAUUUGUUAAAAAAACCAAAACCUGAACCAAAACUUAGUGUUAAUAAGAUAUUUGCAAAAUUUGAUUCAAACAAAUCUGAUACAAAACAAUCAGUUGUUGAAACAAAAGAUCAAACUUUUAUUGAAAUCAGUUCCCGUAAAAUGAAAUUAAAAUCUAAACCAUUAAUUUCAUCGACAGAUAUAAACUUUACUCAACAAUCAAUAAGUUCUGAAGAUAUUAUACAAAGUGAUGAAAACAAAUUUGAUGAUAAUUUCGAGUUUAAUAAAGAAAAUAUUAAACAAUUGGAAACAACACAAGAAGUUACUGAAAAACCAUAUCAUAUGAGUUCUCGUAAAUUAAAAAUUAUCACAAAAGCUAAACCAAUAAAUACAACUUCAGAACAGGAAAUACUUAACGAAAAAUUAGUUAAUACUUUAACAAAAUUGGAUGAAACAAAUCAAAUGAAAUCUAAUAAACAUUUGUUAGAUUUUGCGGAUCAAACCUCAAAAACAAUUGUAUUAUCUGAAGACACAGCAAAAGCUUCGACAUCUCAUGAUUUACCCUUUGAUAUAAACAAACGCAAAAUGAUUGUCAUUACAAAAUCAAAACCGUCUGAAAAAGAAAUGGAUUUAAUUGAAGAAAACUUAAUACAAACAGCAUUAACAUCACAACAGUUGCAUCCAAAAGAUAUUAAUGAAGAAGUUUAUGAUUUGACUGAUAAUAUUGAGUCACAAAAAAUUAUUGUCAAAUCAAAGCAUUUCAGUAAAAUUGAAGACAAAACAUCAUUUACUUCAUUAGAUGAUAAACAAAAUAUUUUGCACACAAUUGAGACAAAUGAUAACGAAAUUUCAUCUCAACAGCCAAUUGUUGUAAACACGCGAAGAAUUAUUAUUAAAAAAUCAAUUCCACAAUCAAUGACUAAAAUGGAGACAAAAAUGGAAAGUAUUGUUCAGGAAAUAGUAGAACAAACGGAACAACAAAAUGAUUUACAAGAAGUGGAUUCUACAAGAAGUCAAUUACCAAAAAUAACAAUAAUAUCCAAACAUAUGACAAAUUUAAAUGAAGGCGAUUCGGCACACAUUGUGGCAACUCUUUGGCCAUUAAGCGACCUUUCAAUGGCUAUUGAAUGGCAUUUCAAUGGCGAACCAUUGAUGGCGAGCAACAGAAUCAAUACAAUAUACUCUUGCGGUCACAUUAUUCUUGAGAUAUUUAAUGUCAGUUUACAAGACUCUGGUAUUUAUACGUGUAUUGCAAGUAAUCAAUCAGGAAGUGAUCGCAUAGAUGUCCGCUUAGAGAUUGACAACAAAAACAUUAAUUUAUUGGAAAACAUGAAUAUUAUUAAAUAUAAAUCUCAACAAACAGUUGAUAUAAAUAAUUUUAAGGAAACAAAUACAACAAAAGAUGGACAAGAAAUUAGUAAUGCAAUUAAAUUUGACAAAAUGGCGGAUAAAAUAGCCAUUAGAGGGAUUAAAAGUGAUAGCAUUGGAAAAAAUUCUAUAAAAGAAAAAAAUAAAGUGCCAGUGGAUAGUAAUGGAGAAAAAAUAAUAAUAAAAGUAAAACAAAGAGAAACAAAUAAAGAUAAAAGAAAACUAUCUGAGACUACAUUAGUUGAAGAACAGAUUGAAAUAACUGAUCGAAAGCCAUCAGUAAUAACACUUCCAGAUAAAAGUACCAAUCAAUUGGUGGACAUGACUACUGAAGAAAUAAGUCAAAUUCCUGUCGAUAGUAGUAAACAAAAAAUUAAAAUUAAAUCAAAACAAAGACCAACAACUGAUGAUGAAAUAAAAUCAUCUGAGACUACAUUAGUUGAAGAAAAGAUUGAAAUAAUUGAUCGAAAGCCGUCUGUGACAACACUUCCAGAUAAAAGUACCGAUCAAUUGGUGGACAUGACUACUGAAGAAAUAAGUCAAAUUCCUGUCGAUAGUAGUAAACAAAAAAUUAAAAUUAAAUCAAAACAAAAACCAACAUCUGAUGAUGAAAUAAAAUCAUCUGAGACUACAUUAGUUGAAGAAAAGAUUGAAAUAAUUGAUCGAAAGCCGUCUGUGACAACACUUCCAGAUAAAAGUACCGAUCAAUUGGUGGACAUGACUACUGAAGAAAUAAGACAAAUUCCUGUCGAUAGUAGUAAACAAAAAAUUAAAAUUAAAUCAAAACAAAGACCAACAACUGAUGAUGAAAUAAAAUCAUCUGAGACUACAUUAGUUGAAGAAAAGAUUGAAAUAACUGAUCGAAAGCCGUCUGUGACAACACUUCCAGAUAAAAGUACCGAUCAAUUGGUGGACAUGACUACUGAAGAAAUAAGUCAAAUUCCUGUCGAUAGUAGUAAACAAAAAAUUAAAAUUAAAUCAAAACAAAGACCAACAACUGAUGAUGAAAUAAAAUCAUCUGAGACUACAUUAGUUGAAGAAAAGAUUGAAAUAACUGAUCGAAAGCCGUCAGUGACAACACUUCCAGAUAAAAGUACCGAUCAAUUGGUGGACAUGACUACUGAAGAAAUAAGUCAAAUUCCUGUCGAUAGUAGUAAACAAAAAAUUAAAAUUAAAUCAAAACAAAGACCAACAACUGAUGAUGAAAUAAAAUCAUCUGAGACUACAUUAGUUGAAGAAAAGAUUGAAAUAACUGAUCGAAAGCCGUCAGUGACAACACUUCCAGAUAAAAGUACCGAUCAAUUGGUGGACAUGACUACUGAAGAAAUAAGUCAAAUUCCUGUCGAUAGUAGUAAACAAAAAAUUAAAAUUAAAUCAAAACAAAGACCAACAACUGAUGAUGAAAUAAAAUCAUCUGAGACUACAUUAGUUGAAGAAAAGAUUGAAAUAAUUGAUCGAAAGCCGUCUGUGACAACACUUCCAGAUAAAAGUACCGAUCAAUUGGUGGACAUGACUACUGAAGAAAUAAGUCAAAUUCCUGUCGAUAGUAGUAAACAAAAAAUUAAAAUUAAAUCAAAACAAAGACCAACAACUGAUGAUGAAAUAAAAUCAUCUGAGACUACAUUAGUUGAAGAAAAGAUUGAAAUAACUGAUCGAAAGCCGUCAGUGACAACACUUCCAGAUAAAAGUACCGAUCAAUUGGUGGACAAAUCUGAAGAAAUAAGUCAAAUUCCUGUCGAUAGUAGUAAACAAAAAAUUAAAAUUAAAUCAAAACAAAGACCAACAACUGAUGAUGAAAUAAAAUCAUCUGAGACUACAUUAGUUGAAGAAAAGAUUGAAAUAACUGAUCGAAAGCCGUCAGUGACAACACUUCCAGAUAAAAGUACCGAUCAAUUGGUGGACAAAUCUGAAGAAAUAAGUCAAAUUCCUGUCGAUAGUAGUAAACAAAAAAUUAAAAUUAAAUCAAAACAAAGACCAACAACUGAUGAUGAAAUAAAAUCAUCUGAGACUACAUUAGUUGAAGAAAAGAUUGAAAUAACUGAUCGAAAGCCGUCAGUGACAACACUUCCAGAUAAAAGUACCGAUCAAUUGGUGGACAUGACUACUGAAGAAAUAAGUCAAAUUCCUGUCGAUAGUAGUAAACAAAAAAUUAAAAUUAAAUCAAAACAAAGACCAACAAUUGAUGAUGAAAUAAAAUCAUCUGAGACUACAUUAGUUGAAGAAAAGAUUGAAAUAACUGAUCGAAAGCCGUCAGUGACAACACUUCCAGAUAAAAGUACCGAUCAAUUGGUGGACAUGACUACUGAAGAAAUAAGUCAAAUUCCUGUCGAUAGUAGUAAACAAAAAAUUAAAAUUAAAUCAAAACAAAGACCAACAACUGAUGAUGAAAUAAAAUUAUCUGAGACUACAUUAGUUGAAGAAAAGAUUGAAAUAAUUGAUCGAAAGCCGUCUGUGACAACACUUCCAGAUAAAAGUACUGAUCAAUUGGUGACCAUGACUACUGAAGAAAUAAGUCAAAUUCCUGUCGAUAGUAGUAAACAAAAAAUUAAAAUUAAAUCAAAACAAAGACCAACAACUGAUGAUGAAAUAAAAUCAUCUGAGACUACAUUAGUUGAAGAAAAGAUUGAAAUAACUGAUCGAAAGCCGUCAGUGACAACACUUCCAGAUAAAAGUACCGAUCAAUUGGUGGACAAAUCUGAAGAAAUAAGUCAAAUUCCUGUCGAUAGUAGUAAACAAAAAAUUAAAAUUAAAUCAAAACAAAGACCAACAACUGAUGAUGAAAUAAAAUCAUCUGAGACUACAUUAGUUGAAGAAAAGAUUGAAAUAACUGAUCGAAAGCCGUCAGUGACAACACUUCCAGAUAAAAGUACCGAUCAAUUGGUGGACAUGACUACUGAAGAAAUAAGUCAAAUUCCUGUCGAUAGUAGUAAACAAAAAAUUAAAAUUAAAUCAAAACAAAGACCAACAAUUGAUGAUGAAAUAAAAUCAUCUGAGACUACAUUAGUUGAAGAAAAGAUUGAAAUAACUGAUCGAAAGCCGUCAGUGACAACACUUCCAGAUAAAAGUACCGAUCAAUUGGUGGACAUGACUACUGAAGAAAUAAGUCAAAUUCCUGUCGAUAGUAGUAAACAAAAAAUUAAAAUUAAAUCAAAACAAAGACCAACAAUUGAUGAUGAAAUAAAAUCAUCUGAGACUACAUUAGUUGAAGAAAAGAUUGAAAUAACUGAUCGAAAGCCGUCAGUGACAACACUUCCAGAUAAAAGUACCGAUCAAUUGGUGGACAUGACUACUGAAGAAAUAAGUCAAAUUCCUGUCGAUAGUAGUAAACAAAAAAUUAAAAUUAAAUCAAAACAAAGACCAACAACUGAUGAUGAAAUAAAAUUAUCUGAGACUACAUUAGUUGAAGAAAAGAUUGAAAUAAUUGAUCGAAAGCCGUCUGUGACAACACUUCCAGAUAAAAGUACCGAUCAAUUGGUGGACAAAUCUGAAGAAAUAAGUCAAAUUCCUGUCGAUAGUAGUAAACAAAAAAUUAAAAUUAAAUCAAAACAAAGACCAACAACUGAUGAUGAAAUAAAAUUAUCUGAGACUACAUUAGUUGAAGAAAAGAUUGAAAUAAUUGAUCGAAAGCCGUCUGUGACAACACUUCCAGAUAAAAGUACCGAUCAAUUGGUGGACAAAUCUGAAGAAAUAAGUCAAAUUCCUGUCGAUAGUAGUAAACAAAAAAUUAAAAUUAAAUCAAAACAAAGACCAACAACUGAUGAUGAAAUAAAAUCAUCUGAGACUACAUUAGUUGAAGAAAAGAUUGAAAUAACUGAUCGAAAGCCGUCAGUGACAACACUUCCAGAUAAAAGUACCGAUCAAUUGGUGGACAUGACUACUGAAGAAAUAAGUCAAAUUCCUGUCGAUAGUAGUAAACAAAAAAUUAAAAUUAAAUCAAAACAAAGACCAACAAUUGAUGAUGAAAUAAAAUCAUCUGAGACUACAUUAGUUGAAGAAAAGAUUGAAAUAACUGAUCGAAAGCCGUCAGUGACAACACUUCCAGAUAAAAGUACCGAUCAAUUGGUGGACAUGACUACUGAAGAAAUAAGUCAAAUUCCUGUCGAUAGUAGUAAACAAAAAAUUAAAAUUAAAUCAAAACAAAGACCAACAACUGAUGAUGAAAUAAAAUUAUCUGAGACUACAUUAGUUGAAGAAAAGAUUGAAAUAACUGAUCGAAAGCCGUCAGUGACAACACUUCCAGAUAAAAGUACCGAUCAAUUGGUGGACAUGACUACUGAAGAAAUAAGUCAAAUUCCUGUCGAUAGUAGUAAACAAAAAAUUAAAAUUAAAUCAAAACAAAGACCAACAACUGAUGAUGAAAUAAAAUCAUCUGAGACUACAUUAGUUGAAGAAAAGAUUGAAAUAACUGAUCGAAAGCCGUCAGUGACAACACUUCCAGAUAAAAGUACAGAUCAAUUGGUGGACAAAUCUGAAGAAAUAAGUCAAAUUCCUGUCGAUAGUAGUAAACAAAAAAUUAAAAUUAAAUCAAAACAAAGACCAACAACUGAUGAUGAAAUAAAAUCAUCUGAGACUACAUUAGUUGAAGAAAAGAUUGAAAUAACUGAUCGAAAGCCGUCAGUGACAACACUUCCAGAUAAAAGUACCGAUCAAUUGGUGGACAUGACUACUGAAGAAAUAAGUCAAAUUCCUGUCGAUAGUAGUAAUCAUAAAAUUAAAAUUAAAUCAAAACAAAGACCAACAUCUGAUGAUGAAAUAAAAUCAUCUGAGACUACAUUAGUUGAAGAAAAGAUUGAAAUAACUGAUCGAAAGCCGUCUGUGACAACACUUCCAGAUAAAAGUACUGAUCAAUUGGUGACCAUGACUACUGAAGAAAUAAGUCAAAUUCCUGUCGAUAGUAGUAAACAAAAAAUUAAAAUUAAAUCAAAACAAAGACCAACAUCUGAUGAUGAAAUAAAAUCAUCUGAGACUACAUUAGUUGAAGAAAAGAUUGAAAUAAUUGAUCGAAUGCCGUCAGUGACAACACUUCCAGAUAAAAGUACCGAUCAAUUGGUGGACAUGACUACUGAAGAAAUAAGUCAAAUUCCUGUCGAUAGUAGUAAUCAUAAAAUUAAAAUUAAAUCAAAACAAAGACCAACAUCUGAUGAUGAAAUAAAAUCAUCUGAGACUACAUUAGUUGAAGAAAAGAUUGAAAUAACUGAUCGAAAGCCGUCAGUGACAACACUUCCAGAUAAAAGUACCGAUCAAUUGGUGGACAAAUCUGAAGAAAUAAGUCAAAUUCCUGUCGAUAGUAGUAAACAAAAAAUUAAAAUUAAAUCAAAACAAAGACCAACAUCUGAUGAUGAAAUAAAAUCAUCUGAGACUACAUUAGUUGAAGAAAAGAUUGAAAUAAUUGAUCGAAAGCCGUCUGUGACAACACUUCCAGAUAAAAGUACCGAUCAAUUGGUGGACAAAUCUGAAGAAAAUAUUGAAAUAUCUGCUAAAAAACAAAAAUCUAAAACAAAUCAGGAUAAAAAAGCAAAAAUAGAUAAGAUAAAAACUGCAGUGGUUACUAUCACUGAAAUUAAACCAUCAGAUAUAGUUGACAUCAAAUCAACUGAUACAUCGGAAGAUAUACCAAUUGUUUCUGAUAUGAGUGUUGAUAUGUCUACACAAAAGAAAAAAAUUAAAUCAAAGACAAAAACUCCUGUUGAAGACACAAAUGUUAUACAGAAACAAUCUGAUGAUAUCGAAGAAGUAGUCACUAUCACUGAAAUUAGACCAUCAGAUAUAGUUGACAUCGAAACAAUUGAUACAUCUGAAGAUAUACCAAUUGUAUCUGAUAUGAGUAUUGAUAUGUCUACCCAAAAGAAAAAGAUUAAAUCAAAGACAAAAUCUCCUGUUGAAGACACAACUGUUAUACCGAAACAAUCUGAUGAUAUCGAAGAAGUAGUCACUAUCACUGAAAUUAGACCAUCAGAUAUAGUUGACACCAAAACAAUUGAUACAUCGGAAGAUAUACCAAUUGUUUCUGAUAUUACUGUUGAUAUGUCUACACAAAAGAAAAAGAUUAUAUCAAAAACAAAAACUCCUGUUGAAGACACAACUGUAAUACCGAAACAAUCUGAUGAUAUCGAAGAAGUAGUUACUAUCACUGAAAUUAGACCAUCAGAUAUAGUUGACACCAAAACAAUUGAUACAUCGGAAGAUAUACCAAUUGUUUCUGAUAUUACUGUUGAUAUGUCUACACAAAAGAAAAAGAUUAAAUUAAAGACAAAAACUCCUGUUGAAGACACAACUGUAAUACCGAAACAAUCUGAUGAUAUCGAAGAAGUAGUCACUAUCACUGAAAUUAGACCAUCAGAUAUAGUUGACAUCGAAACAAUUGAUACAUCGGAAGAUAAACCAAUUGUUACUGAUAUCACAGUUGAUAAGAGUAUUCAGAAGAAAAAGAUUAAAUCAAAGACAAAAAUUCCUGUUGAAGACACAACUGUUAUACCGAAACAAUCUGAUGAUAUCGAAGAAGUAGUCACUAUCACUGAAAUUAGACCAUCAGAUAUAGUUGACACCAAAACAAUUGAUACAUCGGAAGAUAUACCAAUUGUUUCUGAUAUUACUGUUGAUAUGUCUACACAAAAGAAAAAGAUUAUAUCAAAAACAAAAACUCCUGUUGAAGACACAACUGUAAUACCGAAACAAUCUGAUGAUAUCGAAGAAGUAGUCACUAUCACUGAAAUUAGACCAUCAGAUAUAGUUGACACCAAAACAAUUGAUACAUCGGAAGAUAUACCAAUUGUUUCUGUUAUGAGUGUUGAUAUGUCUACACAAAAGAAAAAGAUUAAAUUAAAGACAAAAACUCCUGUUGAAGACACAACUGUUAUACCGAAACAAUCUGAUGAUAUCGAAGAAGUAGUCACUAUCACUGAAAUUAGACCAUCAGAUAUAGUUGACACCAAAACAAUUGAUACAUCGGAAGAUAUACCAAUUGUUUCUGAUAUAAGUGUUGAUAUGUCUACAGAAAAGAAAAAGAUUAAAUCAAAGACAAAAACUCCUGUUGAAGACACAACUGUUAUACCGAAACAAUCUGAUGAUAACGAAGAAGUAGUUACUAUCACUGAAAUUAGACCAUCAGAUAUAGUUGACAUCGAAACAAUUGAUACAUCGGAAGAUAAACCAAUUGUUACUGAUAUCACAGUUGAUAAGAGUAUUCAGAAGAAAAAGAUUAAAUCAAAGACAAAAACUCCUGUUGAAGACACAACUGUUAUACCGAAACAAUCUGAUGAUAUCGAAGAAGUAGUCACUAUCACUGAAAUUAGACCAUCAGAUAUAGUUGACACCAAAACAAUUGAUACAUCGGMAGAUAUACCAAUUGUUUCUGUUAUGAGUGUUGAUAUGUCUACACAAAAGAAAAAGAUUAAAUUAAAGACAAAAACUCCUGUUGAAGACACAACUGUUAUACCGAAACAAUCUGAUGAUAUCGAAGAAGUAGUCACUAUCACUGAAAUUAGACCAUCAGAUAUAGUUGACACCAAAACAAUUGAUACAUCGGAAGAUAAACCAGUUGUUUCUGAUAUGAGUGUUGAUAUGUCUACACAAAAGAAAAAGAUUAAAUCAAAGACAAAAACUCCUGUUGAAGACACAACUGUUAUACCGAAACAAUCUGAUGAUAUCGAAGAAGUAGUCACUAUCACUGAAAUUAGACCAUCAGAUAUAGUUGACACCAAAACAAUUGAUAAAUCGGAAGAUAUGCCAAUUGUUUCUGAUAUUACUGUUGAUAUGUCUACACAAAAGAAAAAGAUUAAAUUAAAGACAAAAACUCCUGUUGAAGACACAACUGUUAUACCGAAACAAUCUGAUGAUAUCGAAGAAGUAGUCACUAUCACUGAAAUUAGACCAUCAGAUAUAGUUGACACCAAAACAAUUGAUACAUCGGCAGAUAUACCAAUUGUUUCUGUUAUGAGUGUUGAUAUGUCUACACAAAAGAAAAAGAUUAAAUUAAAGACAAAAACUCCUGUUGAAGACACAACUGUUAUACCGAAACAAUCUGAUGAUAUCGAAGAAGUAGUCACUAUCACUGAAAUUAGACCAUCAGAUAUAGUUGACACCAAAACAAUUGAUACAUCGGAAGAUAUACCAAUUGUUUCUGAUAUUACUGUUGAUAUGUCUACACAAAAGAAAAAGAUUAAAUCAAAGACAAAAACUCCUGUUGAAGACACAACUGUUAUACCGAAACAAUCUGAUGAUAUCGAAGAAGUAGUCACUAUCACUGAAAUUAGACCAUCAGAUAUAGUUGACACCAAAACAAUUGAUACAUCGGAAGAUAUACCAAUUGUUUCUGAUAUUACUGUUGAUAUGUCUACACAAAAGAAAAAGAUUAAAUCAAAGACAAAAACUCCUGUUGAAGACACAACUGUUAUACCGAAACAAUCUGAUGAUAUCGAAGAAGUAGUCACUAUCACUGAAAUUAGACCAUCAGAUAUAGUUGACAUCGAAACAAUUGAUACAUCGGAAGAUAAACCAAUUGUUACUGAUAUCACAGUUGAUAAGAGUAUUCAGAAGAAAAAGAUUAAAUCAAAGACAAAAACUCCUGUUGAAGACACAACUGUUAUACCGAAACAAUCUGAUGAUAUCGAAGAAGUAGUCACUAUCACUGAAAUUAGACCAUCAGAUAUAGUUGACACCAAAACAAUUGAUACAUCGGAAGAUAUACCAAUUGUUUCUGAUAUUACUGUUGAUAUGUCUACACAAAAGAAAAAGAUUAAAUCAAAGACAAAAACUCCUGUUGAAGACACAACUGUUAUACCGAAACAAUCUGAUGAUAUCGAAGAAGUAGUCACUAUCACUGAAAUUAGACCAUCAGAUAUAGUUGACACCAAAACAAUUGAUACAUCGGAAGAUAUACCAAUUGUUUCUGAUAUGAGUGUUGAUAUGUCUACACAAAAGAAAAAGAUUAAAUCAAAGACAAAAACUCCUGUUGAAGACACAACUGUUAUACCGAAACAAUCUGAUGAUAUCGAAGAAGUAGUCACUAUCACUGAAAUUAGACCAUCAGAUAUAGUUGACACCAAAUCAAUUGAUACAUCGGAAGAUAUACCAAUUGUUUCUGAUAUAAGUGUUGAUAUGUCUACACAAAAGAAAAAGAUUAAAUCAAAGACAAAAACUCCUGUUGAAGACACAACUGUUAUACCGAAACAAUCUGAUGAUAUCGAAGAAGUAGUCACUAUCACUGAAAUUAGACCAUCAGAUAUAGUUGACAUCGAAACAAUUGAUACAUCGGAAGAUAAACCAAUUGUUACUGAUAUCACAGUUGAUAAGAGUAUUCAGAAGAAAAAGAUUAAAUCAAAGACAAAAACUCCUGUUGAAGACACAACUGUUAUACCGAAACAAUCUGAUGAUAUCGAAGAAGUAGUCACUAUCACUGAAAUUAGACCAUCAGAUAUAGUUGACACCAAAWCAAUUGAUACAUCGGAAGAUAUACCAAUUGUUUCUGAUAUAAGUGUUGAUAUGUCUACACAAAAGAAAAAGAUUAAAUCAAAGACAAAAACUCCUGUUGAAGACACAACUGUUAUACCGAAACAAUCUGAUGAUAUCGAAGAAGUAGUCACUAUCACUGAAAUUAGACCAUCAGAUAUAGUUGACACCAAAACAAUUGAUACAUCGGAAGAUAUACCARUUGUUUCUGAUAUGAGUGUUGAUAUGUCUACACAAAAGAAAAAGAUUAAAUCAAAGACAAAAACUCCUGUUGAAGACACAACUGUUAUACCGAAACAAUCUGAUGAUAUCGAAGAAGUAGUCACUAUCACUGAAAUUAGACCAUCAGAUAUAGUUGACACCAAAUCAAUUGAUACAUCGGAAGAUAUACCAAUUGUUUCUGAUAUUACUGUUGAUAUGUCUACACAAAAGAAAAAGAUUAAAUCAAAGACAAAAACUCCUGUUGAAGACACAACUGUUAUACCGAAACAAUCUGAUGAUAUCGAAGAAGUAGUCACUAUCACUGAAAUUAGACCAUCAGAUAUAGUUGACAUCGAAACAAUUGAUACAUCGGAAGAUAAACCAAUUGUUACUGAUAUCACAGUUGAUAAGAGUAUUCAGAAGAAAAAGAUUAAAUCAAAGACAAAAACUCCUGUUGAAGACACAACUGUUAUACCGAAACAAUCUGAUGAUAUCGAAGAAGUAGUCACUAUCACUGAAAUUAGACCAUCAGAUAUAGUUGACACCAAAACAAUUGAUACAUCGGAAGAUAUACCAAUUGUUUCUGAUAUUACUGUUGAUAUGUCUACACAAAAGAAAAAGAUUAAAUCAAAGACAAAAACUCCUGUUGAAGACACAACUGUUAUACCGAAACAAUCUGAUGAUAUCGAAGAAGUAGUCACUAUCACUGAAAUUAGACCAUCAGAUAUAGUUGACACCAAAACAAUUGAUACAUCGGAAGAUAUACCAAUUGUUUCUGAUAUGAGUGUUGAUAUGUCUACACAAAAGAAAAAGAUUAAAUCAAAGACAAAAACUCCUGUUGAAGACACAACUGUUAUACCGAAACAAUCUGAUGAUAUCGAAGAAGUAGUCACUAUCACUGAAAUUAGACCAUCAGAUAUAGUUGACACCAAAUCAAUUGAUACAUCGGAAGAUAUACCAAUUGUUUCUGAUAUAAGUGUUGAUAUGUCUACACAAAAGAAAAAGAUUAAAUCAAAGACAAAAACUCCUGUUGAAGACACAACUGUUAUACCGAAACAAUCUGAUGAUAUCGAAGAAGUAGUCACUAUCACUGAAAUUAGACCAUCAGAUAUAGUUGACAUCGAAACAAUUGAUACAUCGGAAGAUAAACCAAUUGUUACUGAUAUCACAGUUGAUAAGAGUAUUCAGAAGAAAAAGAUUAAAUCAAAGACAAAAACUCCUGUUGAAGACACAACUGUUAUACCGAAACAAUCUGAUGAUAUCGAAGAAGUAGUCACUAUCACUGAAAUUAGACCAUCAGAUAUAGUUGACACCAAAACAAUUGAUACAUCGGAAGAUAUACCAAUUGUUUCUGAUAUGAGUGUUGAUAUGUCUACACAAAAGAAAAAGAUUAAAUCAAAGACAAAAACUCCUGUUGAAGACACAACUGUUAUACCGAAACAAUCUGAUGAUAUCGAAGAAGUAGUCACUAUCACUGAAAUUAGACCAUCAGAUAUAGUUGACACCAAAACAAUUGAUACAUCGGAAGAUAUACCAAUUGUUUCWGAUAUGAGUGUUGAUAUGUCUACACAAAAGAAAAAGAUUAAAUCAAAGACAAAAACUCCUGUUGAAGACACAACUGUUAUACCGAAACAAUCUGAUGAUAUCGAAGAAGUAGUCACUAUCACUGAAAUUAGACCAUCAGAUAUAGUUGACACCAAAACAAUUGAUACAUCGGAAGAUAUACCAAUUGUUUCUGAUAUUAGUGUUGAUAUGUCUACACAAAAGAAAAAGAUUAAAUCAAAGACAAAAACUCCUGUUGAAGACACAACUGUUAUACCGAAACAAUCUGAUGAUAUCGAAGAAGUAGUCACUAUCACUGAAAUUAGACCAUCAGAUAUAGUUGACACCAAAACAAUUGAUACAUCGGAAGAUAUAACCAAUUGUUUCUGA